GCCAGGACGGAAGGAAGGAGGAAGGGAAGGGCCGCCAUCUUGUUGUCGCGUCGCCGCCGCCGCCAUAGUCCGAGCGGAGCCACGGCCGACGGGCUGCGAGACGGGCCGACCCGGAGUGGGAAGCGAGCGCGGCCGCCAGUCAGGCAGAUUGAAGUGAGUAGAUUGGACCGGACUCAAGUGUGUUAGAAGACUUUUUAAAAAGUUGUUCCACAGUGCAUCAGCGCAAGUGACUGGUUUAUCUUGAGUGACUUUACAGGUGCUUGCCUGUGUUGCAAUAAGAGACUCAUAUAUUGAGCAGGACCUAAUUUAUCUCUUCAUCUUGGAGAGUCUAAUAAACUCUUACACUUUCCGUACUCACAACUGUUUGGAAGUUGAAAGACAUUUAAAAGACAAACAUGAGUACGGCCAGAACAGAGAACCCUGUUAUAAUGGGUCUCUCCAGUCAAAAUGGACAGCUGAGGGGCCCAGUAAAACCUGGUGGUGGUCCAGGAAGCGGGGGGACACAGGUUCAGCAACAGAUAAACCAGCUGAAACAUCCCAACACAAUCAACAAUGGCACUCAGCAGCAAGCACAGAGCAUGGCCUCCACUAUCAAACCUGGCGAUGACUGGAAGAAGACUUUAAAGCUCCCUCCGAAAGACCUGAGAAUCAAAACGUCGGAUGUGACGUCAACAAAAGGAAAUGAGUUUGAAGAUUAUUGUCUGAAGCGAGAGUUGCUGAUGGGAAUUUUUGAAAUGGGCUGGGAAAAGCCAUCUCCUAUUCAGGAGGAGAGCAUUCCUAUUGCUUUGUCUGGAAGGGACAUCUUAGCCAGAGCUAAGAACGGAACCGGCAAGAGCGGUGCCUACCUCAUUCCAUUACUUGAAAGGCUUGACUUAAAGAAGGACAACAUACAAGCAAUGGUGAUUGUUCCCACAAGAGAACUUGCCCUGCAAGUCAGUCAGAUCUGCAUCCAGGUCAGCAAACACAUGGGAGGGGCAAAAGUGAUGGCAACCACAGGAGGAACCAAUCUGCGGGAUGAUAUAAUGAGGCUUGAUGAUACAGUGCAUGUAGUGAUAGCAACCCCAGGAAGGAUUCUGGAUCUCAUCAAAAAGGGGGUAGCAAAGGUCGACCAUAUCCAGAUGAUUGUCCUAGACGAGGCAGACAAGUUACUGUCUCAAGACUUCGUGCAAAUAAUGGAGGACAUUAUACUCACUCUACCGAAAAACAGGCAGAUUUUGUUGUACUCUGCAACUUUCCCUCUAAGUGUGCAGAAGUUUAUGAAUUCCCACCUGCAGAAACCCUACGAGAUUAACUUGAUGGAGGAGCUGACUCUGAAGGGGGUGACCCAGUACUACGCUUAUGUAACAGAGCGUCAGAAAGUGCAUUGCCUCAACACACUCUUUUCCAGGCUCCAAAUAAACCAGUCCAUCAUCUUCUGUAACUCCUCCCAACGGGUUGAAUUGUUAGCUAAGAAAAUCUCCCAGCUGGGCUAUUCCUGCUUCUACAUUCACGCAAAGAUGAGACAGGAGCACCGCAAUCGAGUGUUCCAUGAUUUCCGGAAUGGCUUAUGCCGCAACCUUGUUUGCACUGAUCUCUUUACCCGAGGUAUUGAUAUCCAAGCUGUGAAUGUUGUGAUCAAUUUUGAUUUUCCAAAGCUGGCAGAGACAUAUCUCCAUCGCAUUGGCAGAUCAGGUCGAUUUGGCCAUCUAGGCCUAGCCAUCAACUUGAUCACCUAUGACGAUCGUUUCAACCUGAAGAGUAUUGAAGAGCAGCUGGGGACAGAAAUUAAACCCAUCCCUAGUAACAUUGACAAGAGUCUGUAUGUGGCAGAAUACCACAGCGAGCCUGUAGAAGAUGAUAAACCGUAAUUGCUGCGCUUUGCUUAAACACAAAAGCUAAAGCCCUUUGAUCUGGACACGUGAAACAUCAUUUCUUGGGGGAGGCUCCUUCUCUUUGAGGGUUUUUCGUCUUUUUGUUUUGGAACAAUUAAAAUUACAGAGCUUUCUCCUCCUUUAAAAAAAAUUGGCUGUGAAGACAAAAGCAGAAGAUAGGAAGAAAAUACCUUUUGUUUUUCCCACUUGUUUGCACUGUGUGCUGACUGAACAUUAGUUGCACUAACUGCUGGUUUUAAUUUCUUUCUUUGUAAUGGAGUAGAAGAACUCUGAAAUGAGAAGAUUCCCAAACUCCACCUUGACUGCAAUUUCAAAUUCAUCCACAGCUGCCCGACUCAGUACAUUUCAACUUCUCCCUGGCUCCUCAUCUGUCUUUUGAGCUAAAGAGCUUGUUACUUAUUUGUGCAAAGUGCCUUAUGCUAUGAGACCAUUCAGAAAAUCCCUUUUGGAUACAGCCCAAGGAGUCGUUUUGGUUCAGGUCAAAGUCUCUUUCCCCACCUCUGUUUCCUUCCCCUUCCAGGUGCUGGAAGGUGGCCCUUGUCAGUAGUUUUGUUUGGUUAACUUUCUUUUAAUGGAGGAAUUGAGAUGCAGUUGCUGUUCACCCACUCUGUAAAUAUGUGUAUUUAAGCAAAAUAACCUGGAUCGCCUGGGUUAAUUGAGGGAAACCUCCACACUCUGAGAGGAAAGAGCCACUUGCCAACCAAUCUGCAGCAGGAGCCCCCCAAAACGCCCCCGGGGCUCUCGCAGAACACUACAGACUGCCCUCCGUGAGUCUCCCUUGGGGGGCACAGCACUUGCUGCCUCCAAGCCAUGAUGGUUUUUCCUCUCUUACGUGUUCUGCAGAAAAUUGGAUGUGUAUACUUGUAUAAACUCUGUAAAUAUGU